UGAGUCUGACCGCAAAAAUGAUUUGAUUACAACUACAACAGUUCCAGCAAUACUUGAUACGUUAGAAAGCAGUAACGUCGAAGCAGGAAAUAAAUUUGAAGAAAUUACAACUCCUUCAUCAUCACCUGUUUCUUCAAUAUCUAAGAAGACGGAAGUAUAUACAGCAAACGAUGAGAAACUUGUGGAAUCUGCUGAUAGCUAUGAUAUUGUUCUAAACUCAGAUUCUCCUGAUACUCAGUUUGAGCAGAAUGAGGAACAUGAUUUUGAAGAAACUGGUUUGUCAAUUUCUCCAGUAACGGAGAAGAUGACGAGUGAACGUUCUGCAGAGUCUGAGCAACAGGAUGAAGAAAGCAGCUCAACCAUUCGGGAUACAAAGAAAGAUGAAGAAAAUUUGAAUGCACAAUCGAUCACUCCUGAACUAACGACUGGCCAAGUGAAUGAACAAAUUCAUUCUCUCACAGAAUCUUCGAAUCAAUCAGAACAAACAACAUCUCAUUUAAUUGAGUCUUCUGAGUAUGAACUUCCUCAUUCACCUAAAAACGUGAAAGAUGAGAUAGAGAUGACUCAUGAGCAAAAUGUAGAAAGCGAUGACAGCAACGAAGGGUUCGGUGACAAGGCUGUGAAUUUUGCUAAAAAAGCCGGAGCACUAGCUGGUGCCGCAGUAGUCGCACCCGUGGCACUCGCAGCACUUGGAGCUCAAGCAGCAGACGAUGCUAUACAGGAGCAUGGACAAUCUAUUGAUUUCUCUGAACCUGAUCACGAAAAAAGUUUAUUAGAUGAGAAGAAUAUGGAAUAUUCGGUAGAGGGA